AUGACCCACACAUGGUGCUCAUUCGAAGCUAUUAGCGAUGACAUUGUCAUCGAUCUUGUUUCUACAGCAAGCUGCAAGCCUGCUGCAAUAUUUAGUUGUAGAGCUGAGAAGGCUCAAGAAAUUCGUUCCUGCGCUGAAGAGACAUCAAGUGCACGUCUACUUGAAGAUUUGAUGACAGAGUUUACUUUACAGUUAAGACGACAGGGCUCAGAUGCAAAGGCAUUUGAACAUUUCGUCGCGGGCUACUGGCGGCGGCGAAUGUCAGACAUAUACCACCCUGAUCCCCAAGUUCUGAGUGAGAUGAAGCAACAUCAAGCUUUUAGGGGCCUCAAAGCCUCAUCUGAUGCAGAAAUAUUUAAGUCCCUCGUCUUACGUCUUCUCGGCAAUGAUUUCAAUCUGGCACAAUUUGACAUUCCAGAAGACGACAACAUAUCACAGUCCAAAGAAGAAUGUUUAUCAGACAGUAGGGCAUUUUGCGAGUAUUGUCCCAUACACGAUACUAAUAGUGGCGGCCGAGUCAGCGGUGGCGAUGGCAGUAUUGAAGAGUUGCCAUAG